AUAAAGAAACCUAGGAGAGAAGGCUUUCCUCAGUGAGUCACACACUCUUCGGAAUCUGCAAAUCCAGUGCAGAAACUAGAAACUUCACUUUGAUGCUUCCUAGGGUUUUUAGUGUUAAGAAUAACAAAACUAAAAAUCCCAGAUAAGAUAAGAUAUAAGAUUUAAUCAGAAACCUAAACCCUAAAAGUAAAAAUGGCUGAAUCAGGAACUAGUUUGAAAGAUCGAGGAAACGAGUUCUUCAAAGCUGGAAAUUAUCUUAAAGCUGCCGCUAUUUAUACUCAAGCUAUCAAGAAAGAUCCUUCCAACGCUACACUCUACAGCAAUCGAGCUGCUGCAUUUCUGCAUUUAGUGAAGCUUAGCAAAGCACUUGCAGAUGCUGAUACGACAAUUACUUUAAACCCUGAGUGGGAUAAGGGAUAUUUCAGGAAAGGAUGUGUUUUGGAGUCAAUGGAACGAUAUGAUGAUGCUAUUGCUGCCCUUCAAAUAGCUUUGCAGUACAAUCCCCAGAGUGCAGAGGUGUCUAGGAAGAUCAAGAGGCUGGGUCAGCUGGCAAAAGAUAAAAAACGGGUUCAAGAACUAGAGAGUAUUAGAUCCAACAUUGAUAUGGGUAAACAUUUGGAGCCAUUGAUAAAGGAACUGUCUGAAAAAUAUGGAGCUGAUGAAAAUUCAAAGGAGAUCUUCUCUUAUGUUGUCGAGACCAUGGAGAUGGCAGUUAAAUCAUGGCACGAAACAGAUAAAGUGGAUGCAAGAGUUUAUUGUCUUCUUGAUAAAGAAAAGACAGAUACUGAAAAGUAUGCCCCAGUUGUCAACAUUGACAAGGCAUUUGAAUCUCCCAAUACACAUGGAAGCUGUUUUCCAUUCUUAAGGCAGUAUGCUGAAGAUUCUUUCGCAAGAGGAGCUUGUUUAGUGGUUCCUAAGAAUAUUAUAUCCUAUCCACAGGUUUGGAAAGGACAGGGGUCCAGAAAGUGGAAGCAUGGGCAAAGCGACGGUUUCUUUGUUCAACUUGAGUUACCUUGCUUGCGGAAAUUGUGGUUUAUUUCUAGUUCCACAGAAAAAGGGCGGACAGUUUGCAGGAAUCCAGAGGUUUUGGAUGUGGGCGUGCAUGAAGUCAUUCCGCGUAUUUUUAAAGAAACUAAUUCUAGUACCCUAUAGACUCGUUUCCUUUGGUUCAAGUUCCAGGCUGUGAAAAUGGAUGUACAUCCUUUAAAGAAGACAAAGGUCUCAUUCUACACAUCAAGCACUUGGUGUCUUGAGUUUAUCAAGAUACUUGGUUGUCUGUGGACAUAAAGGAAGCAAAUCUGAUAGAAUUUGCAAAACUCAAAAUCCCUUCGUGUCACACAAGAAAACAGGUACUUAUGCAAUUGUUACAUGAGUGAUGAUUUUGCAAAGCUUGACUCAGAAGUAUGUGUUCGGAUUUCUUUACAGUUUAGCUGUUUGUGUUUCAUGAUUUAAAUUGCCUCAUCUGUAUUGGGAAAUUGGUCAAGAGGUUGAUAAUUAGUUGGAAUGUAUUCUCGUUCCCGUCUAGGCAAAAGUUCCCAACUAUGAGUGCAUUGUUAGUAGCUUAUAAGACCCAUAUCUGCAGUUCUUUAAAAUGUGUGGAAAAGUAUGUCUUUUUUGUUAGAUGGUUUUAGUCUUGGACGCUAUAUGUAUCUAUUAUCUAGAAAUCAUGUUAUUCAACCAUCCACACUUCUUUUA